AUGAGGCCGCGGAGCCAGGGCAGGAGCGAGCGGCGCCGGCCCCGCGAGAGCACGAGACGCCAAGAGCCGGACACGGGCGCCAUGCGCUCCUGGAGCACGCUGCCGCUGCUGGCCCUGGCGCUGGCGGCUCCGCUGUGGCCGGCGCUGCGGGCGGCGCCGCUGCCCGACGACGUCUCGGGCGACCACGACUUCCAGCUCUUCCUGCGCAAGAGCCUCGAGUUUGGCCGCAAGAUCAAGGGGGACGUGGCGGCGCUGCAGGACGUCGUGUGUGAGACCUUCCAGCUGUGCCAGGAGGAAGAGCUGUGGCUGGUGCGGCAGCACCUGGACGUGCCGGCGGCGCCGCUCGAGCGCUGCCAGCGCCCCGGCUUCGAGGCGGACGCCUGCCUGGAGCAGCUGCACGGCGGCCUGCGCGUCUUGGCGCACUCGCUGGGCGCCGUGCGGGAGCUGCUGCCCGCGCACGCCGACCUCGUGGAGCGGCUGCAGCUCGACGCCGCCAACCUCUCCUCCAACAUCCAGCAGCAGAUGGAGGAGCUGGGCCUGCCCUUGGUGACGUUCCCGCCGGAGGGCCCCGGCGUCCUGCCCGCCGUCGCGUCCCGCUUCCACCAGCAGGUCGGCAGCUUCUUCCUGCUGCGGAACUUCCAGCGCUUCCUGGAGACGGCGCUGCGGGCGCUGCGGCACCUGGCGCGGCGCUGA